UGUCUCAUUUUAGUGAAAGGACACUUGAUCACCCUACGGUGACUUUUGUACUGCCUCACUGAUAUAUUAUUGUAAAAUAGAUGUAACUUAGGGUACACUAGACUAUUUUGCUAAAAUCUGAUUGGUUGUCUUAAGUGGUUCAAUGCAAGUAGACUAAAUGUAAAAAGUUUGUUCUUUUUUAGCAAAUUCUUUAACAUGGCUAUCGCUACGUUAAGUUUACUCACGACGGAUAAAUUAACAGGAGAGAAUUACACUCGUUGGAAAAACACAAUCAACACAAUUAUGAUCAUCAAUGAUUUUCAUUUUGUCCUGAUGGAGGAUCAUCCUCCCAUUCCAGCUCACAAUGCUCCUCGAAAUGUUCAGGAAGCAUAUGAGCAUUUGACACGGGCAAAUGAAGAAGCCCGGACAUAUAUCUUGGCAAGUCUUAAUAAAGUCUUGGCCAAGAAGCAUGAGUUCAUACUCACAGCUCAUGAGAUCAUGGAGUCCCUGAGGGGAAUGUUCGAACAAUCGUCUGCACAACUCAUGCAUGACACUCUUAAACACAUCUUCAAUGCCCGUAUGCAAGAAGGGGCAUCUGUUCGAGAACAUGUUCUCAACAUGAUGGUCCACUUCAAUGUGGCGGAGAUGAAUGGGUUGAGCAUCCAUGAAACCAGUCAGGUUAGCUUCAUAGUGGAAUCUUUAUCUGAAAGUUUCCUGCAUUUCCGUAGUAAUGUUGUUUUGAACAGGAUUGACUACAACAUGACCACUUUGCUCAAUGAGCUACAAACCUUCCAAUUCUUGAUGAAAAGUAAGGAGCAGAAGGGUGAAGAAAAUGUUGCUUCAACUUAAAAAAAGUUCCAUAAAGGUUUGACCUUUGGAACUAAGUCUGUACCUUCUUCUUCUCGCACCAAAAAGUGGAAGAAGAAGAAUGGUGGAAAGGGGAAAUCUAACCUGGUAGUUGCUGCUCAAAGCGGUAGAAAACCCAUCAAGGCUGCAAAGGGAAUCUAUUUCCAUUGCAACCAAGAUGGUCAUUGGAAGAGGAACUGCCCCAAAUAUUUGGCAGAAAAGAAGAAGGCUAAGCAAGUUCCUUGCAACAACUAGAUGCUGGUGAGAUGAUGAUGCGGGUUGGAACUGUGCACGUUGUCUCGGCUGUGGCAGUGGGAGGACUCUGGUUGACUAAACAGAAUAGAUUUCUUGUUUUAAUAGAUGUUUAUGUAGUUCCUAAUUUAAAAAGGAACUUAGUUUCUGUAAAGUGUUUGCUUGAACAUUUUUAUAAUAUCAACUUUCUUUUUAAUAAAGUGUUUAUUUUUAAGAAUGAUAUUGAUAUUUGUUCUGCAAAACUGGAAAUAAUCUUUAUGUGCUAAGACUGUUAGCAACUAAUGCCCUCCAAAACACAAAAAUUUUUAAGACUGCAGUAGCUUAACACAAAAGACUUAAAAUUUCUCCUAAAGAAAAUGUCCAACAUUGGCACCUAAGACUAGGACACAUCAAUCUCAAUAGGAUUGAGAGGUUAGUGAAGAGUAAACUUCUA